UUAUAAUAAAUAUUCCCCUGGAGUUUAGAACAGCUAGGUUCCAAUUUAAAAUGUGGUCAUCACUAUCAAAAAUUUCUGAUCAGAUAAAAAUGUGCUAGUUCUUUGUAACUAAAACAAUUUGGUUAACUUCCUAGUUAAUGUACUAUAAUUAUAUUUUAACUAUUAGAACUAAUUUUCUUACGAAUUUUCAAAAAGUUACUCUGCAAAUUUUUACAAGAUAUGUGAGAUUGGACAGAAAAAAAAUAACUGAGGUUUUACUCCCCUAAACAAAAGACGAUACAUUCUCUCACGUGGUUUCCAUAUACUGUGAUCCCUGUGGCAAAAAAGUAAAGGAAAUGGGCGUUCUGAAAAUAAGGGAGGACUUGCAAAAAAAUAGGCACACCCAGAAACUUAACUUAUCUCCAGCGUACAACAUCAGCAAUAUUUCAGGUUUGACAAAAAAGUGCUGUAGAUAGAAUCAGAAAAACUACUCUGCAAAAUGAGUCUAUCUACUUUGAUUUCCUACCUAAAAAGCAGAGAAUCAAUCAUUUUCAAUGGAUUGGUUGCCCUCUUGACUGUUGGUGGCCAGCAACUCUUCUCCUUUUUUGCGUUCAGUUGCCCCUGCAGUGACAGGAAAAAUCUUAACUAUGGACUUGCUUUCCUUGGUGUCCCUGCAUUGAUCCUGCUGAUUGUGGGAUUUGUGUUCAAUGACAAUACCUGGAGGCUGUUUACUGCAUCCACCACCGAUUACUCUCUUCAGGAGAGAAGCGCACAGAGCCUACUGAUGAGGUAUAAAUUGAUCUGUUUUGUACUUGGCAAUAUUUUAGGCAGAGCCCUGGUGGCCCCCAUCACAUGGCUAGCGGUCACACUGCUAAAUGGUUCCUACUAUGUUUGUGCAGCUAGUGAGUAUGCAAGUGUGGAGCAGUUUGAUUUCUUCAAAAAAAUGUCCCCUGAUGACCGGAGGAACCUUCUUGCUAAAUUCCCAUGUGUUCAACUUGUACCGGCAAAUCUAUCGACCAUCAGAGAAGAAGUGCUGCUAGAACUCAAGUACCAGUCUCAGGUGGCUGGAUGGCUGUUGGUAGCAGUUGUGACGGUUGCUAUAUUCAUUAUCCUUUGCGUAGCAAGAUGUUGUAGUCCUCUCACCUACCUUCAUCUCCGGUACUGGACAAACUAUGUGAAUAAUGAGCAGAAUCUCUUUGAGCAAACAGCAGACCAGCACUCCAAGAUCUAUGCUAUGCAAAACAUCAAGAAGUUCUUUGGAUUUUUACCCGGGAGUAAGAAUAUUACUGAGAUCCGCAUUCCGUCUCGUUGGGACUGGAGAGCCAUUUCUGGACUUGAUCUUCUCAAGGUGGUCACUGAUGAGCACUGUAACUACAGUCUUCUCCAUACAUGGGCAGAAGAGGAUCCUACAGAUGGGAAAUAUCUCCCUAUUGAUGUAGAGCCAACCUCUGAAACUGCACCAGUGACAUCAUAAAUGAGCUCCCGAAUUGCCAUUUUUAGUUACUUUUCAAGUAAUCCCAUAUCUAUUAAAAUGGGAUAAUAUAUAGUUUUAUUGAAUUAAAACAGACUAGAUGUAAUACAUAUAUUUUUCAUCCAUAAAUAACAAAACACUAAGCAAAAUUUGUUGCCCAGUUUCUGGAUAAUGUUGUACACCGUGUAGUUUGUUGAUAAGAGUAUUUUCACUCAGAAUGUUAAAGUAAAUGUACGUGUUAAUUGCUAAAUAGUAAAUCAACUGUUGGUUGUGGGGGGGGUUCAUGUUUUGUUUUUCAAAAUGUGGUCAUUGACUGUUAGAUUUGAAAUAAGAGUAAAAUCUUUGUAACAUUUGCUUUAUAUUUUCAGGACAAUGAAAAUGUUGCUUUAUAUACUGAAUAUCCACACACAAAAGCCGUAGACACUACCAAUUCCAUACAAAAUUUGCUUUUUUUCUUUAAAAAAAAAAGUUAGUUCUGUUUUUGUGAGGACGUUCAUUUUGUAUUCACCAUGCUUCUAAUGCCGAUGUAGACUAAAUGUACAAUAUGAUAGUAGAUAUAUAAUGAAAAAUUCCUUCUGAUUCAAUUUGCUGUCCAUUUUGAAUCUAACUUUUAUGUUCCUUGAUGAAUACUUUUUAUUUUUUGUAUUAUUUGGUUAGGAAAUUCACAAGUACUUGCUUUGUUUCCAAUUAUCUUUAUUUGAAGCCCUGCCUGCAAGUCACAUAAUUUGAAAGUCACUACUAAGGCCUGGGUUUUUGUGUUUUAACCCCUUUGCUACAGGAAAUUUCAGAACAAUAUUUGGCGGAGGAUUUUUAGCAGUUUUGCUAUCACUCAGUUUAAAAAUAAAUAAAGCCUUUUGUUUUUGAUUUA